AUGGACGAAAUAACUUGCAAUUUAACGAGAUCGGUAAGAUUUUAUGAAGUGAAUAGAUGUGCAAGAGGAUCUUUAAGAAACGGAGAAUCAAUAUUUCCAACUAAAGGUCUUAGAGACUUCAAAAAAUGUCCCCUAAAUUCUGCUUUUGCAACUCUGUAUCCGUACAUGAUGUUACGCAAUAAGGUCAAAAAAUUAAUAAAUUUUCAACCUGUUACUGAAUUGAAUAUAUAUGGUGCUGAUGUUGAAAUCAUGAAAAUUGCAUCUCAAUACUUCAACACCACCCUGUAUUUACAGUAUUUUUUUAGACAAGAAGAAAAUCCAUAUCUUAAUCAAGAAUAUAUUGAUCUAUUGAAAAAUGGAAGUUUAGAUGUAUGUGCUGGAGGUCUAUACCGACUAGAGAACAAUGCAGUUGAAUUCUCAGGAGUGUAUUCAAGGCAGUCCAUUAUUUGGGCUUACAGUGUUGAGCGAGAGAUACGCUCAUGGCAGUCUUUUGUGGGUAAAGUAAAUGGUAUAUAUGUUUUCUUCAUAUUUUAUAUAAUUUAUGCAAUGGUAUGGAGACUGAUAUGUAAGUUUGACAAUCAGGCCGUUUCUAUUCAUGACACCUUGCUGUACAGCGCUGGUGCUCUUCUCGGUGCUACGUCAUUGCAAGAUGCGAGAACCCUGAAGCAGAAAAUUGUUAAUAUAAUGUAUCUCAUACUAGCACUUCAUUUAUCAACAUAUAUUGCCAUUCAGCUGUAUUCAUAUUUGACUAUUCAAGGUCCACCUCCUCUUUAUAAAACUAUAGAUGCCUUAAUUUCAUCCGGAAUCAAGCCAUAUUUGAGGGAUCAGGCGAAAUAUUUUCUAGAAGACACGAAGUAUGUUGCCUUUGCGAACACGUCAGGAUCGUGUAAUAAUUUCAUGGAGUGCGAAGAGGUUAUAUUGAAAAAUGGAGGUGCGACUAUAUUGAUCGAUGGAUAUAUACCUCUGCUUCAAGCAGAUACUGCUGUUGGGGAUGAAGCGAAGGUGGUGAAGGUGAAUGAAGAGAUCCUAUUCAUUUACCACGAGAUGAUUAUUCGGAAAACUAGUUACAUUACUGUGCUAUUUCAAAAUAUGAUUUUGCAUCUGUAUGAUUCUGGUAUAUGCCAAAAGUUGUAUGAUGACGCUAUUGGCAUUACGUAUAUCGAUAAAGCGAAUAUAGCAAAUAAAAAUAUAAUGUCCAAUAGCUAUAGUUGUCAGAUGGGAUGCGCGAUCACUCUGGUACAAGCUGCUGGCGCAUUUUAUAUUUGGAUAUUUGGAUGUGCUAUCUCAUCUAUUGUUUUUAUAUUGGAAAUUAUAAUGCGAAAGGAGAGAAUACAGUUUGUUGAAUAA